AUGACUGACGCCAAAAGCGUAUCAACUAUGGAGGUGCCAGAGGGGAAACUCAUGAAAAAGGUCAGUGGAUGUACAUAGUGAAUGUGCAUAGUAAUAUGACUUUUACAGCGUCCUUAAUCCUGUCACAGCUGCUCUUACUAACUCAACAGGAUAUAUUGUGGUGACCCAGCAUCUGCAUCUGCAGCCUAAAGGACAUAGACACAUUAUCCAUAUGUUUGUUACCUCCGCCAAGGAGGUUACGUUUUCUUUAAUAGUGCAAUUCAUUCAUUCAGUAGUCUUUUAGUUUUGCACAUCAUUUUAGAGAAAACUAUGUAUGAAAAAAAAAAUCAGACUUUACUAAUCAGAUACAUUGAUUUUUUUGCAACCAAAUUCUGCCAGAACAAAAAACCCUCCCAAGUUCAUGCAUCAGAAGUAUGGUAGUAAAUCUGGAGUGCUGUUUGUCUGGAUGCUAAAUGAUAUUCCACUUUUAGUAGUUGUGUGUUCACUCUACCUGUGCUGCUGCAGUUUCUUUGCAAUGAGCUCAACAGUUUGUUCAUUCACAGUCUCUGCUGCAUGAGCGGUCAUCUGUCACUAAGGAUGGGACAGUAAUUUAUUAUUACAUCAACUAUUUUGACCACUCCUGUUUUAAUCACAGAGACAGUUUUCACUUCUUUCUCACCACUUAUGUAGUUUUUAAUAACAGUCGUAUUAGUAAAUCUUCUACCAUUUUAUCAAUUUUUCCUCAGGGACAAACACAAGAUGCACUUUUUAAGGCCUCCAGUUUCACAGUUCCCUGUUAUAUUUCUUCUACAGGGCUCCAUUAAGAAGAAGAUAGAGUCUCUCAGGCGAUGGAGCUCAGCGAGUAUGAAGAGGCCUCCAAAGCCCAAGGCCAAGACCUUAAGUCUGUCGUCUCCUGUGAGAGACUCCCAGGACCUCUGGCUGCAGGAGGGGGACAGGAAAAAGCUGCGACCUAUUGUAGACUCUGUCUUUGGACAGGUAUGUUGAUACUCAGGGGGUUUCAUGUACCUUGGGCGUUUGAAAAAUGGCACAGAUAAAAAUUUGGGUGACAUGUAUGUUUUAAGAAAUGUGUCCCGUCCUUAUAGACAAGUGGCUAAGGAUUUAAUGAGUGAAUGAUUGCGUAAAUAAACACUCUUCAGAGAGAAAGGUGAGCUUUUUACUGCUCUGCUUCAGGGCUGUCGCAGUAUCACACGUUCAACUCAUGAUUACUGUGGCUAAAAAUCACAGCAACAAUAUUUUCAUGGUAUUUAUGGGACAAUUUUAAGAAAAAAAAUGCGACCAUUGAAAUAACAGAAAGGCAAGACAAGAGUAUAUCAGAAUGUGCCUCAUAUACUUUAUUAACAUUGCACUUAGCUCACAUUCAUAUCAUGAUCCAUUUUCAAAGUUGUGUUUUAUUCAUGUUACCAGCAACGUGACAGAGACUUCUUUAGAGACAAAACUGACUCAAAGGAUUAUUUUUGUGGUGCUUUUAUGUUGACAUUCCUACUGUCUUGCUUUCAAGUUGCUGUAUCUUCUUUACCACAAAACAUGCUUUUAUUUUGAAGUUCAGUGCAAUACUUGGCUUCCGGCUGUGUCCAGCAGUGUGUGAACGGGUUUGGCUAAAACUGAUGGGUGUCAUCAGUGUGUGAAUGGGUAAAUAGGACAUGUAAUUUAAAAGUGUGGUAAGUGAUCAGAAGAUGAGAGAAAGCUCUGUAAUAUAACAAUUUAAGGAUGAAUAGAUUGGUGUGGGCUGCUUCACACGCUACGUUUGCAAGAGCACACAUGUAUCCAUGGUUUGUGAGUGUGUACAGAUGUAGAGGCAUGAAACUAAAUCUCCAUGUAAAUUUACAUAGCUAGUUUGUCUGACCGUGAUUUCUUCUGAGGAGUCUUGUGGGGUCUUUUGUGUAGAUUGGUUUCAUUUGAGCGGUUAUGUGCUGACAUGCAUACUUCUUUUUAACUGCAUUAGUGCAGACUUGAGUUGAAUAGUUCCAACAAAAAUACUUAUAUUUGACUCAAAUUAAAGUAUUUUUUUUUAAAUUGUUUUACUAUCUCUGCCCGUGAAAAGGUUUAAAGUAUUGUAAUAAACUCCCCAUUAUUUUGGAGGUACUUGAACUCCACUAUAUUUUUAAGUAUGUUCUUUGGUCAGGUAGUUUGGUGUGUAGUUUGUCAAAGGAGUGUUGGGCACCUACAUGGUUAAAUGGAGAGUAAAUUUGUAUAUUUUUUUUCUCUGUUUACUGCACACAAGAUUCCCCAUCCAGCCUGAAAAGAAUGUGAAGGUGUGUAGUUGAAUCUGUUUUAUCCCAGAUGAAGACUUUGGCACCAUCGGCUGAUGUUUAGUGCAUGCUGUCUUCCUAGUUGCAGUGGUUGCUGGUUUGACUCCUCUCCAUGGCCCUUUGCUGUCUUCCUCCACUCUCUACUCCCAAUGUUUCCUUUCUCUCUUGAGCCAAAAGAAAACUUCAAACUGUGCUUGUAUUAACUUAUAGAUGCUAUUUCUAGUAUUUUGGGGGUAGUUUUAAACAUGUAAAUAGUGUUUCUUAAGAUACAGCAGAAAGUACAUCCUUAGAUGCUUGACUCUAAGUACAGGGAAAGUACAACAAAGUUUGAAGACUUUUAAAAAUGCUGUUUGAAAGUUUAAAAGCAAGAACUCCACCAAUUUAAAGCUCAUGUAAGAAGUAAUUUGGCAUUCAUGAAAUAGACUGAAAUGAAAACACAUAUUUUUAUAUUAUACAAAAGCAAACAAGACCAUCAGAAACAAGACUUGAUGAUUUCAUGUCAUAAUUUAUAAAGUCUGAAGUUUGUGCGAGAGGGUCAGCCAAGUCAGCCAGAAAUAGCCCUGCUUUCACAAUUUUCACAAAAUAUUCAUAAAAAUGAUCAAUUUGACUGUCAACAAUUAGAAAUAUGAUAUUUUUUUGCACUUAGACACCACUUAGGCAUAGAAGACAAUAUUAAAAAAAACACUGAUUUUUGCACAUGGGCAUCAAUAUUGAUACACACAUUGAAAGUUCCUGACAGGUGCUUUAACUUGAGUAAUAAUUUGAUUGAGGAAGUUUAACUCUUAUUGAGGUACAGGAGUUGCAGGUCUAUCUAUACUUUAACUAAAAUGUGAGGGGGGUGGCAAAGUGUGAGAUCAGUGUGUAAGAAAUAGAGGAAAUUUCUUAAUACUCUCAUCUAUGUCAGUUCUCUCUGAACAUCAAGCAUGGGGUUCAUUGGCUGCAGUUUGAACUCCAGCUCACAGUAUGAACCAGGCGUGACCUCACAAAGCUGGUAGCAUUUACCAGGUCAAAUCAAUGAACAGAGCACAGAAAUAUAAUCUAUAAUUAGAGAACUUCUUUCUGUCUUGGUUCUUUGGAUACGGGGAUGUCCUGCUGUUUUUCCCCUCUUUUCCUUUUUUUCACUCUCGCUCUUAUUGUUGCAAUGAGUCAGCUGAACACUGAGCAACAGAUGGAAUGAAUGAUGAGAAUCUGAGGAAGGGAGGGAGGGCAGGGAUGAGGGCCUGGAGGCGUUUGUUGGCUGGAUGUCAUAAAGAACGACAGAAGAGAUUGAUUGCAAUGUAAAGUGAGAUUAGAGCUUAAACAGAGGCACAUCAUUCAUUCAGUAUUACUCAGACAGCCAUGAAGUUUAGCCUCUGGUAGGAUUGAGGUGACACUUAAAUCUACUAGUAUGAGUUUGUUAAACAGAUACGACAGAUCACACUGUGCAUGAAUUUGGUCUGAGGCAGUGGGAGAGGUUUAAUCACCCCUGAAGUAAAAGUUGUAAUGGUCUGUGUUUAAAUCUGUGUAAGAUGCAACUUUAAUUAUUUUCUGAGGGAAAUACUCUCAUGUGUCAGCAGCCCCGACAUCAGCUGUUUAGUAAUUUUAAGAAAAACAGCAGAAAAAGGUGAAGGAUCUGAGAAAGAAAAUCAUUGAGUUCACUGUUCCAAACACACAGCUUUUAGAUGUGGCGUUGUUGGUGUUGUUGUCACCACCAAGGUCACAAAUGAAGGCUUGAUGUGGCUACAAAGCAGAGUUAUAAUUAGAAGAAUCGAUGUUGUGGAAUAAUACUUCAUUAAUGUAUAAAACUGACAGCUGUGAGGGCCUGUGUUCACUAAUAGUGUUUUUUUUUACACCAUCAGAACCCGUUUUUAGCGAAACGAUGCAAUUUUGCAUUUUCAGCUCUCCUCAGUGCUAAAAAAAAAAACUGAUUUUCUCGGGCUCGCCAUGAUCUUUAAUUGGAAAAAGUUCAACAGAUGAAACACUGCUGAUGUCAUAGUUUUUUUUUUUUUCCCUUAUUUUUGCAUGCAGGCACAGUUAGGUCGAGCUAAGGUUAGAGUUAGGGUUAGGUGAUUUAACUGGAACACUGUCCUUGUUCCAGUUCUCAAGCACUGAGCAAGAAUCCGAUUAUUGACAGAAGCACGUCUGCCUCUGCUCUGGUCAAUAGUCACAUGUUCUCUUUCAGCUCAUUCCUAUCAGGUUGUCUGCCGGUAACAUAUCAAAGCAGCCAGUGAAACGCGUUAGCAAGAGGCUAACAGGAUGUCACUUUUACAGCUCUGCGCUGUUGUUAGGGAAGUUUCAUCUUUUUCACGUCCUUUCUCUGUCUGUUGAGGUUUUGUUAACUACCUGCUUCCAAACAAUAUAUCCAUGUUGUUCAACCUUUGGCUCUUGAACAUGCUCAGAGGAGUAAGGCAAGUUUCAGUUUGAUUGAGCUGUAAACAUGAUAGAGAAAGUCUAUCUUCAACCACAUCAUCCAGGUAGUACAGGUAGUUUGACUAUGAGAGGUUUGUUUUAGCACAGUUUAAGUCAGACUAAUGUGUCUACAUGAUUUUUUAAAGUCUAAUGAAUGAUGCCUUUUCCAUCUCACAUUCUCUGCACUAUCUAGAGCAGCUCUCAUUUCUCCACUAUAAAUAUCACACUGGCAAAUUGAUUUCACAAAUACAAAGGUUGUAAGAGAUCCUUUGAAACUAAAUAAGUGCAACAUUGUGCCUCAUGCAAGAAAUAGAGGGAGUUGGGAGUUGUAAGUCUGUGGAGUCUGUAUCAGGCCCUAAGAACCUGACACCCCCAGAGCAUCCCUGUCAAGUCGAGCAUCUGCGCACCUCGAGACCAUGUUGAUAGUGUUUUCUCUUGGAUCAUACCUUGGUUUUUGUUUUUGUCUUGAUAAUCAACAAACAAAAUAAAAAAUUAACUACCUGUCACUGCCACCUCUCCAUUUUAAUCCUGGAGUCUUUUGUUAAGAUCACCUCCUCUUAGACUCUGUUGUCAUAGGCUUUUUGCUUUUAUCAUCAAAUCAGAUCACCUUUUCUCCCCCUAAGUCCCAGGUCAAAAAAAUGUUAAGAGUUAAGUUUUUGAAUCUCUUUAUAAUCAGUGCACAUAGAUUCAGUAGUCAGUAAUAUUUUGUGCACUUCCUGAAUGAGAACGUUUAAAAUGUAAGAUCCAAAAAUCAAAGCUGUAAAAUAUGAAUAACUCAUGCCAAUGUUUAUAUUUUUUUACAGUUUAUAAAUACAAAUAAAAUAUAAAAAAGGCUCCCCCAGUGAGGUCAAACAUAUGUAAUUUUUGUUAUUGCUCAGCAAAUGGUGCUAAGAUAAUCAUAUGGACAAAUAAAAAAACCACAAACAUGCAGUAAUCUAUGUUUUUAUAAACACCCCUAAAUCUAAAUACACAAUGUUUUUAGGAGCAAUGAAAGGAAAAGGAGAAACUGAUGGCAUGGUACGUGGCUGAUUCAAAAGCGAGAAUUUCAUUUCAUUUUUUUUUUCUAAAAGUAAUUGCAGGAUAAAAAAAAUAUAUAUAUAUCUAUAAUGUUCAACUUAAAAAAAACCACAAAGUAUAAGUUAAAAGUGUAGAGAGAAAUAUUUAAAAGCAUUUAAUAAGUUGAAAUUUGGACUUCAAAAUGUUUAUUUAGUGAUGUUAAUGAAUUAGCUUGCUGAAACUACAAUAUUCUAUUACAUUUAUUAGACUAAAGUUUUUUUUCUGUGUGCUGAUGUGACCCCCCUCCAAACUGACCCCACCCUGUGCCAUUGUUAAUACCUGGGUAAGCUCUGGGUCAGUGGAGUAACUGGCUGUGUGACUGCUUAGCUUGCUCUCAUACACUCACCGGCCACUUUAUUAGGUACACCUGUCCAACUGCUUGUUAACACUUAAUUUCUAAUCAGCCAAUCACAUGGCGGCAACUUAGUGCAUUUAGGCAUGUAGACAUGGUCAAGACAAUCUCCUGCAGUUCAAACCGAGCAUCAGUAUGGGGAAGAAAGGUGAGUUGAGUGACUUUGAACGUGGCAUGGUUGUUGGUGCCAGAAGGGCUGGUCUGAGUAUUUCAGAAACUGCUGAUCUACUGGGAUUUUCACGCACAACCAUCUCUAGGGUUUACAGAGAAUGGUCCGAUAAAGAAAAAAUAUCCAGUGAGCGGCAGUUCUGUGGGUGGAAAUGCCUUGUUGAUGCCAGAGGUCAGAGGAGAAUGGCCAGACUGGUUCGAGCUGAUAGAAAGGUAACAGUGACUCAAAUAACCACCCGUUACAACCAAGGUAGGCAGAAGAGCAUCUCUGAAUGCACAGUACGUCGAACUUUGAGGCAGAUGGGCUACAGCAGCAGAAGACCACACCGGGUGCCACUCCUUUCAGCUAAGAACAGGAAACUGAGGCUACAAUUUGCACAAGCUCAUCGAAAUUGAACAAUAGAAGAUUGGAAAAACGUUGCCUGGUCUGAUGAGUCUCGAUUUCUGCUGCGACAUUCGGAUGGUAGGGUCAGAAUUUGGCGUCAACAACAUGAAAGCAUGGAUCCAUCCUACCUUGUAUCAACGGUUCAGGCUGGUGGUGGUGGUGUCAUGGUGUGGGGAAUAUUUUCUUGGCACUCUUUGGGCCCCUUGGUACCAAUUGAGCAUCGUUGCAACGCCACAGCCUACCUGAGUAUUGUUGCUGACCAUGUCCAUCCCUUUAUGACCACAAUGUACCCAACUUCUGAUGGCUACUUUCAGCAGGAUAAUGCGCCAUGUCAUAAAGCUGGAAUCAUCUCAGACUGGUUUCUUGAACAUGACAAUGAGUUCACUGUACUCAAAUGGCCUCCACAGUCACCAGAUCUCAAUCCAGUAGAGCAUCUUUGGGAUGUGGUGGAGCGGGAGAUUCGCAUCAUGGAUGUGCAGCCGACAAAUCUGCGGCAACUGUGUGAUGCCAUCAUGUCAAUAUGGACCAAGCUCUCUGAGGAAUGCUUCCAGCACCUUGUUGAAUCUAUGCCACGAAGAAUUGAGGCAGUUCUGAAGGCAAAAGGGGGUCCAACCCGUUACUAGCAUGGUGUACCUAAUAAAGUGGCCGGUGAGUGUAUGUGUCCAGUGUUGCUGGAUAUGCAGUGGUGCUGCCAUCACAACAAAGCCCUGAAUCACUAACCAGACUCUUCUCCUCUGAUAUCCUUCAGCGGUGAAAUGGAUAACCAAACUCUAUCUACAGAGUCCCUUUCUACCUUCAAGAAAAAGCUCAACAUUCAGCUUUUUAGAGAACAGCUAUGCAGUUCAGCCUCUGCUCUGAAAUCCCUGAUGAUACGACUGAUACAACCACUUUUGAUUUACACAGUCCUCUUCUACUUCUGAGACACGUUUUGACCCAGCUCUUACUGCACCAUUCUGCACUUGGUGGUUUGGUGCUUAUGAUGAUUUUGAUGAGGAUGAUGGGGAUGAUAAUGACGAUGAUGAUGAUGAUGAUGACAGUGCCACAGUGUGAUUUCAUGUUGACAAGAGUUUGUAAUAGUUGCUGAGUGAUGAUGAUACAAUAAAACAAAACAAACAAACAUACAAACAAACAUGUGCAUCACCUUUUAGGAAAGCACUCCCACUGAGUAUUUUUUGGUCUAAAAGAGGUCUAAUAGGCGUCUAAAUGUUGCCUAGAUAACUGGUCUAAAAUCAGGCUACCACACAUCUAAAAAUAAAAGUUUUUUUAGACGUCUAAAUUUAGCCCAAGUUUAGACUAGCCAGCUAACAGAGGUCUACACUGUAUAUUGCUCAACAGAUAUCAUAUUUUUUUUGGUUAAAUACUUGGAUUAGUUAUUAGUUAGCAUUAGUUAUGCAACUCACAGUUGCUUUUUUAAAUAAAUAGUUAUCGAAUAAUGCGUUAAAUUGCAACGCCUAAAUUCUGUCUAAAAAUAUAUUAAAUCUAGACGGUUGAAUUUGGUCUAAAAAAAAAAAACUAGACGUCCAUUAGCCCUCUAUUGCUGGGUGGGCUAUUUGGGCUUGAAGCAGUUGUUGGCAUUACUCACAUGGUUUCUGUCAGUCUAGAUCUUUGUUGUGUUAUACUGUGGAAAUUGGACUGUUUAAAAAAUAGACUUCUGUAAAAGAGGUUACAUUUAAAUCUUAGUAUUUAAACUCUUUGGAUAUUUUGCCCUUGUCAGAAAACGUCAUAUCAGGUUUAACUUUUUAUAGUCAAAGAUAGUAUUUGUUUUCUGUGAGUACAAAGCAGCUUUAGUGGACAGAUUUAGAAGCGAGUUAGUCGGUGGUCCAUUACCUCUCCUGCACUCUUAGCUGCAACAGUUGUGUCCUAUAUUAUGGAAAGAGAUAAAUAUCCAUCCCAACCCUUUGUGACUCUGCAUCCUCUCAUCCUGUUUUGUUCAAAGAGUCUCUAAUCUAAAAGGACCUCCAGGACCUCAGAAAAACUCAAAUUUAACUUUUGGGUCAAAUGGAUAUGCAUCAACAAAAAUAUAGACAGGUGCAACAAGCAUUAUCCUCUCUUUCAGGAGGGGUCAAUGAGACAGAAUGAGAGCAAGGGAUGCGGGCCAAUCCAGAGAGUUGUAGUCCCUAAAACAUGAAAUCAUGUCACAUCUAUUCCCUUUUUUGAGUUUGAACUAAGUCUCAAAAAGACUUUACAAAGUGAUUCUCAGUUUAAUAUAAACCUUGAAGCUUAAAACCAUACGAAUAAAAAAGGGCUUUUAUUUGUUUCAACCCAUAAACUGACCUCGCUAACCCAGUGGCUCUUGUAGUCAGGAGUACUACAUAAAGUACACAUGCGCAGUGAUUGGUAAUGUUAAAAAUAAAAGUAACCUGUCAAGUUACAAGAUUUCUGCCAGUAAAAGAAAAAAAAAAGUUCCUGUGUUACUGACAAAGUCAUGUGUUUGAGUACACUGUUACCCUCUGACUGCACUCAAAGAUUAUUUUUGUAUCAUGUGACCCCCAACAAAGCUUGUGCGUCAUCCUCUGCUUGUUUGUGUGUCUGAAAACACGAUGACUGACUCUGAGUGUGUUAUGUUGGAGAUUGAAUUGGUAAAUGUUGAGCAAUAGUUGAUCUUAUCGAAAUCAUUGCAAAAGAAAAAUAGUAAUAAAAAAAAAUGAGGAAAUUUGGAUGAGAUGAAUGUGCAGCCUCUGAAUCAGUGGAAGUGCUACCCGGAGGACCAGUCAGGGCUUGCAGUCUGUGUUGUCUUGACAGGUAGUAACGGGUUUGAUGAGCUAACUGUCGGGCUACAUAUGUAGACUCCUGUGUUUGUUAAAGAGAUAUUCCAGCGCAAAAUUGAGUUAACAUCGAGUUAGACACCCCGUCAAGAGAUGAAUGUCGCCAAACUCUUGCAUCUCUAAUUAUACCAACUUUAGUAAUGACCGCAGGAUAGCAAUACACAGCGGUCCCAGGAGCCUUGCGCUGAACCAAAAAAACACUCUAUAGCCACAAAUAAUGAUCAGAACAGCACUUAACUUCAUCAACAGUACAUAUAGGGUCCCAGCCAUAGCACUAGCCACCAAACAUCUUUUUAACUUUGCCUGAUUUCUUUAGCAAAGAGCCUAAACACAACUCACCCACUCUCUUCCAGCAGCCACUUGUUUGUACGGAGACCUCAGGCAAGUCAAUUACCAUAGCGGGGAGACGCAGCUCAAGGAAGAACAUUUAUUUUCAUCUGAAUUUGUACUUAAGUGGACUUACUUUUGUCUUGAAACUAAUGUUGUACGGCUGCUUACAAGCAGCAAAACAAGCUAAAUGAAACACGGACACAAUAGCAACCAGGAACAGUCAGUACAUUUACACAUUGUUAAAAAGAAAUCAAUCAAACUUCUCAUUAUCAUAAACAACUGUUAAAGGUCUUUUUUAUUGUAUCUGACCUACUGAUCCAUUUUCAACAGAUCAGUCGUCAGUGGUUCAAAUUUGGGUACCACUGUGUCUGGAAAAGGACUGUUUGGGCACAAAUCUUGACAUUCUAAUUCAUGGUUAGGCCAAAACAUCUGUUUUUUUCUGAUGUAAUUCUUAAUUACGAACACAGCCAAAGCCCAUGAGUCGUGGUUUGUGUGAGUCUGUCAGUUUGGUCAGCAUCUUUUUCACUCAGCUCAGUGUGUAUCUUAACAUGCUCCUCAGGUUUCUGCAUGUGUUACAGCUCCAAGAAUGACAUCAUUUAAUCUUUUAGAAACAGAGGAUAAAACUUGAAAUCAAGGGCACUCUCUUUUACCUGCACAAUUACACUCACCAUGUACUACAGAGUUGCUCUACUGCUGUUUGCUACUGAUUCCCUAUGCACAGAGCGCCCUCUGUUGGCCCUUCUGUUUAGCAGGAAUAAUGUAAUGAUACGCAGAUCAAACACAGGAAAAAUGACAGUAGGAUAGUUUUAAGACUUUAGCUUGGCUGACAUGCUUUGCUAGGUCGUCCCUCCCUUGCGUUGCCUUUGCUUUUCAGAAUUGAUCACAACUGUCAGGUGGGGCUGACUAAUCAGAAUCAAGUAUUUAACACUGCUCAGUCUGAACUCUGCUGCCUCAUCUCACCUAAUCCUCUUGCAGGCAAUCAAAUUACAUGUUUCUUAGCAAAUAUCAAUUCAUUUGCCGGAGAGAUCAUCACACCUGCAGGGUCAGACAGCAUGCUUUGAGUGUUUAAGGAGGGCUGUAUGAAUGAGUGAGCACUUAACAUAUCUGAAUAAAAGCUCUGAGGUCAAACAGCCUCAUAUACUACACAUGAAAGUCCAUUAGGAUUAUGAUGCAAACCCGGUUGGAGAGCUUUGGAAACCUGAAAAUAUGCAGGCUGUAAAUGUUGGACAGUCACAGCGAGAUGAAUGCUCAAUAACUGCCCUCAUUUUUGAAUGUUUGUUAUAGAAAUAUAACCUUUGGAUUUGUAGGUCACCCUGUUUUAUCCCAUGACGUGAUUUUCAGCAUUUGAAUUACAUUGUUUUUGUAUGUACAUUGUGUUUGUAUGUCAACCAGCAGGCAUGUGUAGUAAGCGAGCAAAUACACAUGGUCCUGCCCCGUCUAGGCCAAAUUGCUUGACUGACCUACGUCACAGCUGUGAGGGUAGCGUGGCCUGCAAAAUCCUGACUCCUGGAACAUGUCCAUUUCUGACCCGGCAGAGGCUUUUCUGUUGGCCUAUCUUCUAUCCUUGUCUUUGGGGCAUCUGGUGUGCUUGAUGUAGUCGAGGGAUAGAGCAUGAAUUCUCACCCAAUGCUCUGUUUUGGGAUUUUGGCUAUAAGCUUUGUGUUAACACCAGGUUUUUGAUUGAAGCAAGAUAGUUUUUUUUAAAGAGCAGAAUAAAAAUCAAUUUCUUUUCUGUCUCUGUGUGCUUUACUAAAGGUGCACAUGUUGACUAUUUGCAUGUAAUCCUUGAUGUCUGCUCCUCUGAUGUCCUUGCUUUAGUCAUUGUUGCAGUUACAGGAUGAGAGACAGAUGAAACACACUGUGCACAAUUGUAGAAUAUAUGAUGGGAAACAAUGCGGGGGGAAAAAAAGCUCAUUACAGGACAGAGGCUUCCAUUUGCUAAUCUGGUUGAUGUCCAGCUGGAUCAGUGGCUAAGGCACAUACUGUUAUAUAACCGAGACACUGUGGACACAAAUCCUUUAUCACAAGUCAUCUAAUCACUCUCUUUCCUCUCUGCUUAAUAGAGUUCCAGUCAGAAAACUCUCUGCUAUUUAAAUUCCUCCUAAAACAGAAGUGGUUCUCUUGAUGUGGUUGAGGGUUGGUUCAGUGAAGCUGGUGGAGAAACAGUAGGAGUUAAAAACAGCAAUGAAAACCAGGUUUCCUCUUUCUCUGCCUGUGUAUCCCCUCUUUCUUUGUACUUUGUGUACAGCUCAAAAAAUCCCUUCUUUUCUAACUGGGAUGAUAGAUUUUUUUCCCCUAUGAAAGCAUGACGGCUCAAGGCUGACAUCUGGUGGUGGAACUUGAGUAGUAAAGCUGAGAACAGCUUGUAUCAGCUGUGAGCUAAGCUUUGCUGCUCUCUUCAGGACAGAUAUUGAGUGACAGCAUAAAGUAUCAGAUACAGUCAUAUGAAAAAGUUUGGGCACCCCUUUGAGACUGCAUAGUCAUUUAUUCUGUCUUCACAGAAAAAGAUCACAGAGACAUAACAUUAAUUUUCUAAUAAAAGCAGAGUAUUGGGGUGUAGCAAUAUUAAGUUGUUUAAAAUUAAAUCAGAUGUUAAAAAUAAGCUGUGUAAAAAUGUGGGCAACAUUGUUAAUUUGUUGAUCUCAACACCUGUAACUACUUAACCCUGAUUAACUGGAACACAAAACUGGUUUGAUGAGCUCAUUAAGCUUUGAACUUCACAGACAGGUGUAUGCAAUCAUGAGAAAGGGUAUCUAAGGAGGCUAGUUUCUCAUUGAUCUUCUCUUUGACUCUCCUCUGAAGAGUGCUGACAUGGAAGCCUCAAAACAACUCUCAAAUGACCUGAAAACAAAGAUUGUUGAGCAUUAUGGUUUAGGAGAAGGUUACAAAGGCUACAGGCACAGUUCUUGUUAGGGCCAGAAGUGGCAGGCCAAGAAAAAAUUUAAGGAGGCAAAGGCAAAGGAUGGUGAGAAUGGUCAAAAACAACCCACCUCCAAAGACCUACAAGAUCAUCUUGCAGCAGAUGGUGUCACUGUGCAUCGUUCAACAAUUCAGCGUACUUUACAGGAGAAGCUGUAUGGGAGAGUGAUGCAGAAGAAGCCUUUUCUGAGCACAUGCCACAAACAGAGUCGCUUGAGGUAUGCAAAAGCUCAUUUGGACUGGCCAGCUUCAUUUUGGAAUAAGGUGCUAUGGACUGACGAAACCAAGCUUGGGUUAUUUGGGCAAAACAAGCGGGAUUAUGGAUGGCGGCGAAAGAACACAGCAUUCCAAGAAAAACACUUGCUACCCACAGUAAAAUUUGGUGGAGGUUCCCUCAUGCUGUGGGGCUGUGUAGCCAGUGCUGGUACUGGAAAGAAUCUGUCACAAAGUUGAAGUUACGCCAGGGCUGGAUAUUUCAACAAGACAACGAUUGCUCAAAAUCUACACAGGUAUUCAUGCAGAAGAACAAGUACAAUGUUCUGGACUGGCCAUCCCAGUCCCCAGACUUGAAUAUCAUUGAAAAUCUGUGGGAUGAUUUGAAACAGGCUGUCCAUGCUUGGAAACCAUCAAACCUAACCGAACUGGCAAUGUUUUGUAAGGAAGAGUGGUCCAAAAUACCUUUUUAUCCAGAAUAGAGACUCAUUAGAGGCUAUAGGAAGCGUCUCGUGGCUGUUAUUUUUGCAAAAGGAGGCUCUACUAAAUACUGAUGUGGUUUUUCUGUUAGGGUGCCCAAAUUUAUGCACUUGUCUAAUUUCGUUUUUGAUACAUAUUGCACAUUUUCUGUUUAUCAAAUAAACCUCAUUUCGCUACAGAAAUAUAACUGUGCGCUUGAGUUAUUUGAUAGCUCAAAAAUAAGUUGCUUAUACAAACACCCAGUGAUUUAUAAAUGAAACGAAUGGAAAUUGUCAGGGGUGCCCAAACUUUUUCAAAUGACUGUAACCACCCCUGAAAGAAUCAUUAUGAUGAAUUAAUAUGUGAAGCGAUAACCGUUUUAUGAACUGUCUUUUUUUUAUAGGUUGAUUCUAUAGGAAGUUAAAAUACACUUAUAAUUGAAACCCAGCAAUCCACCUCAGUAUUUUCUGCACUCUUUUGCCGAAAUGUCCCCAACAGAGUCUGUAAACAGAGGGCAUCAAGAUAAAGUUCAGUACAGUAUUUCUAGAGUUUUUGGGGUCAGUAUGACCAUAAAAAGAAUAGUUUCUACUUUCUCAACAUGCAUACCCCGUCUUUUUUUAUUUGGUUGUUUUUUUUGUUAUUGCUUUAACUAGCCAGGGGCCUAUUCUACAAAGCAGGAUUACUGCUUAGCGAUGUAAGUACAAGGGUAAGUUUGGGGUUUCCUGUUCUACGACGCGGGUUCACUUCUUAGCGAGGCGAGUCUCCAUGGCAACGUACGCUGAACGGCUAACCUGCUCUGGGGCAGUUUAAGUUCUAGAUUGAACUCAGUAUAAAAACCCCGCCCACUGACCAAUAAGCUCUCUCGAAAAAUGGCUUGUCCAUUCUUGGAGGAUCCUAUAGACCUUGGUGCUCGCAUUGUCCGAGGAGCACUCCGGCGUGCGAGAGUUUUCAGGGACUGCACGGACCCACUUACUUUUCCGGAUGACCACCUUUAUUAAAGGCUCAUAUGGCCUACCAUAUCACACAAAAAAUGUAAACACGAUAGGAAUGAACAAAUGAAUGAAUUCAUCUUGGAAAUGAAUUCGACAUGUCUGGUGCAUGUUAAAAGCGCAUGUUGAACAGUGCUAUUUCAGGGUGAUAAUGGCAUCAAAGAUUUUUUGUGCACUAUAUUUACGCAUUGAGACUGUUGGCAAUUUUCUGCCAGCAUUCCUUCCGUGCUUGUGCAGCGGAGACGGUGUUGCUUUUGAGGUUUAUGAUAGAUUUGAAUUCUUCAUACUUUCUCAUGAUCGUCUCCUGCUCCUCGUUUGUUAAGUACGCGGUCUUUCGCUCUCCGGCCUGCUCUGACGCUCCAGACUUGUCAAUGUUCGUGAUUGGUCAGAUGCGGCGGGCUCCGCCUUACAUGCGUGCACGCGCUCAUAGCAGAGCUGGAUCCACUUACGAGGUUGAUAACCAGCGUCUGUAACAUUGAAGGUUUACUACUUUGUUCGCAGGGGGCGCCAGAAUUAACACAGUUCCUCACAGGAGCUUGUACAUCCUGUACAUUGUAAUAGGCAGUCUGUGAAAUUGAUACAGUUAUGUUUAAAUUUUUCAUGAUGAGGGCCGACAAGCAGUGUCUGCAGGUGUCAGACUGACCCGUUCAUGUCUCCUAGGGUGUUAUUUGUCAGGUUUUAUUUUCUAAAUGUUCACUCAACAUCCCUGCCUUCCUUUCUCUACCAAUGGCUCUAUUGCUCCCAUUCUCUGUGCUUUAAAAGGGGCCAAACACUCUUCAUCUAUACCUCUCUCUUCAAUCCUGUGCUCCCCAAGCCUGUCAACAUAACCUUUCCCUUUAAUCUGAAAUGCCAGAGAUUAAACGGGCAGCCAAUUCUCCAUCCAUAAUUCCAACAUCUCCUCCCCCUUUCUCUCUCUUCCCCCCUCUCUCUCUCUCUCAAAACACACACACACACACACACACACACACACACACACACACACACACACACACACACACACACACACACACUCACAAAAAAAUCACACAGAGUUCUGCCAGACUAGUCAUUUUGAGACCGUAAGCCUGAUGUUUGAACAGCAGAGAGAGGAAAGUCGGUGGGAUGGAUUAGAUUAAGUUGGUCCAAAUAUAAGGGAUCACCGUGGCAAAAGGGGUUAACAGAUAAAGACACAAAAAAGCACGUGUUUGUGUGUGAGAGAGGCGAGGAGAGAUAGUGAAAAUGGUCGAGUCAUGCAAUCAGAGCCAGAGACUGGCAGCAGCAGGUUGUUUCAGCCCAGAUAUGACCCGGCUCUCCCACCCCACCCCAUCUGACUCCAGCACUCUUCUGCUAUUCAAUAAUAUCCACACCACACAUCUCAACACUCAUCAUGGCAGGGGACACCAUCCUACAGGAGCCCAGGAUUUAAUUCAACAUCAAGUGCCAACCUUGCUUUACACUGGAACAGUAGGAUCUUGGAUUGUAGCACCUAGAGGAAUCCUCAUUUGCUUGCAGUUAUAGUUGUUCAAGUGGAAAAAUUCAUUGUCGUCUCACUGGGUGAGAAAGACACUGACCCAUGGACUGCGGCGGGUGUUGUGGAUUUUAAUGUAAUACUUGAGUAGAGAAGGAAAGAAGAGGAAAAGGGGUAGAGGAUCAAGGAGGAGGCGUGGGGGAAUACCAGGAGGAAAAGGAGGGGGGCAGACGGGGAGAAGAGGGAGGGAUGAUGGGAAACAAGGCUUCCAAAAAGAACAAUAAAAUGACAAAGGUAAGGAUACCUCCACUGCUUUUAGCUGAGAGAAACAGACUCUGAACUGAUUAACUAUUAAGUAUUUGUAGUACUGACUCAAAUGUUUCCAAGCUACAUUAAAGCUCCUUAAAUAUGUAGUGUACACAAACCCUUUUUAAUUGAACCUUGUGACUGAGAGUGAACAUUUAGGGUUAAGGUAACAACUAGUCAGUGAGCUGAACAUUUAUGAAGCCCUAAUUCAGCUGGUUCCCCUCCUCCAAGGGGGAGUCACCUGUAGAGCGAAGUGGUACCCCAAUGACUGCCACCACCCUGGAGGGCCCGGGCGGUGCAGGUGAGGCAGACACGGAUGAAGAGGAGGAAGGGGGAGGCGAGAGGGAGUUCGAAGAGCCCCUGUGCGCUCUGGUUAAGAACUGCAACAUGCUGCACAACUUAGUGGGGCCUGCUUGUAUCUUCCUAAGACAGAGCUUCGCUCAGAGCCAGCUUGUAUGUAUUGCAUUUACACACACACACACUCACACAACCUUGAAUACACACACACACAUACACACAUACACAGUACAGAAUUAUCAUAGCCAAAAUAGCCCAUAAAUCUCUUCAUCCAGCCAUGUCAGACACUGUCCAAGAGAAGCUGAAGUUAAGGACAUCCAUCUGUUGAGCCUCGACCGUCCCCUCACCCCCCAAUCCAAUCUAUUUUAAUGACAUUUAACCCUUCGUGCAUCACCAACAGGGCCCAUCAAUCCAUCAACCAAACUUUCUAUUUCCCUCUGGAAUUAAGUUGAUUUUUUACUGCCAGAGUUAUUAUUUGUUUAAAGAAAAAUACCUUUAUGAAAUAUUCCUUUAUAAUUCCUGCAGAGUAGUGUUAUGAUUAAUAUUCUUUUGCUGUGCUGAGGGAGGUGUUUGCACAACCAGUUAUGCCGCUGUUGUAAGUGCGCAGGGUUUAAGUUUUAAAAAGAGUAAAUCCUGCACUUUUCAUUUUCUGAGCUCCACCAUUUAUCAGAGGAAAAACACAAUAUUUUAAAAAGGCUCAAAGAAACCAGAACCUGUUUUUAUCCGUAUAAACAGUGUAGCUGGGCAAGUGUAAUGUGGAGUGCUCAUUUUAAAACAUUUUUUUUUUUGUUUUGGGUUUUAUUUUCUUGAAAGUUGAAAAUAUUUGUCUUAAAAAGAAAUUUUUGGAGAAAGAGAAAUACAUCAUCUGUACUGUGAGUUUGUGAAUACACAAAAGUAACAGAGUAAAUGGCCUCUCAGUUAAAGAAUAUUGCAGAGAUCUAUAAUAGUCACUUCCUGACUGUGCAGCUAACAGUACCAAUCGGUGUAGUCACUGAUAAUAGGCGUUUCACUGAGUUACAAGCUUGUGAUUAAAGGACCUGGACAAGGGUUCAAAGGAAAAAUGUCUUACUGACACAGCAAAGGAGAUUGAGUCUCUUUCAGGUAAAGUCAUUUUUAUCUGCGUUAGUAUCACUUGGGAGAUUGAUAUUGGCAUUGUUUUGACAUUAAACUAAUAAAUCGAUCAAACAGAGUGUAGCAUUGAGCUAAUAGACAGCCUUUUUCUAAGGGGUUGGUGGAGACCAAAAGAAAAAGUGGUGCUUGUUUGUAUUUUGCUGUUGCCUAGUUUUCACUGGAUACUGACUGUUCAUUUUAGGUGCUUUCGGACCUGGAACAUUGGGAGACAUUACAAAACAAAGGCUUAAACACAAUAGUACACAGCAACCAUACUUAGAACAAAACUAGCCAGCCAAAAUCGCAUUGAAGAGGUAUUCUCAGCUCAUAUGCAAAUGACAAAGUUUGCUGGCUAACUUAAGUUAGCAUCAUGAAUAUGACUCAUCACUAAGAAAAUCACAACUAGUACGCAUAUCAUUUGUUUGAGACUGUCAAACAAUAUAGUAAGGUGUACUAUGUUGCAGUGUAGGCACAAAAAACAAAAGGAAGAGAGCAACAAUGGAUUAUUUAUCAUCUGAAUCAGAAAAGAGUUUAUAAGCUGCAGGUGUGAAAGCAUCCUGAUCAUUUUGACAACAUCUCAAUAUCAGGCAGAGAGCCCAGUAAAUCAGCUAAUGCAGGCUUUGAAAAGAGACAAACAGGAGGGAUUGAGUGAGGUGACCGAGCCUCUGUGGCGGCGGAUAACCUCUGGAAUAACCUGCCCUGGCACAUUUACUUGACUGGGAUCGAUCAAGAUUUUAAAAUCCUCCUUAAAGACACAACUUUUCUCCCUGGCUUUUUACUGAGUCUAUUUAAUUUAUAGACUAUUUAUAGACUAAUGAAUUUAUAGCACUGUGUUUAUGUAGUUUAGUAUUUAUUUUCAUUGUAAUUGCUGCAGUGCAUGGGUUACUUUUGUCAUCUGUGCUGUGCUAAUCUGUACAGCACUUUGGUCAACCCUUAAAUGUUCUCUAUAAAUAAAGUUGAAUUGAGUUUAAAAAAUGUACAAAAUAUGUAGAAACAGAUAUUCAAGACCUGCUGUUGCAGAAGACACUUUUGAUAUCAGUUCAUCAGAACAAAUUAGACUUUGUCUUAGUUAAAGUAAACUCUCACCAUUCAUAUCAACCUUAUCUGUGCGUCUUCUCUCAGCAACAUAAUCUGAAAACAAACUGACACUUUCAUGAUACCAAAGAGCCGGGGAUGCAAGCAUCUGAUCUGUAAAUGUUUUGUGGCAUUUAGCAUCUCAGGGGCCCAACAGAAAGUGAAAAGUUGGACAAAAUACUCCUAAAUAAAGGGGACUGCAAACAUUUUAACAAAAUGUUAUGUUCAAAAAUUCAGUACAAAAUGAUCUCCAGAUGAAUGUGUUCAGAUGUUUUUUCUUUUCUUUUUUUGCAAUGAUGAGAUAUUUGCAGUUAACUCAUGUUGGCUUGCUUAUAUGCUUUGAGAAGUUGAUAGCCAUUGUAGAAAUUCCGGCUUUCGUGUUCCCAAGUAGCAGUAUGUAAAACGUACAGUAUGCAGAGUUGGGAAUAUUUUCCAGUUUAGUGUCCAGUUAAUGUUAUCUAGACUGAAAUUGCUCACCCCUUUCAUCAAUGACGAAAGGAUUGCUUUCUCAGACAGGAUCACCUAUGAAUGCAUGGUAAUCUGUUGGGUUUUUACCACCUAAAGCAUUCACCAGCACAAAUUCUUUAGUGCAGAUCAACCUUCUUCCUUGUUUCCCAGUUGGAAAACAAAAACUUAAACCCAUGUUACUAGUUUGUCCUCUCUGUACAACAGUAGAAACAUGCCAUGAAAGAUGAUAGCCAGUAAGUAUAUAUGCUCAUUUUAAGUAAACAAAAAAAAAAAAAAGUUUCUUUUAUUAAGGUGAUUACAUAACAAUUUAGACAUACUUACAAACAUAUUUCUACCAAGUCUCUUCGGAUAAAUGCAACUAAAUACUGCUCACUGCAUCCUUAUUGUCACUGUGAGCAAUGUCAAUAAGAGCUCAAGUAUAAUGAUGAGUAAAUUAGCGUAAAAAAGCUGAAAGUGCAACUUUAGACUCUUAAUAAUUUUAAGAGUCAACGCUGUCAGUCACGUACACUGAAACAACUUUCUUCAUCACUACAGUCCUGAACUUUUAGGAAACUUCUUGCUAUUACUUAAUAUCACAAAAAGAUGGAAUUACUCGACAGAGGACACAGAUUAGUCUGAGUCAUGGACUAAUAGCAUGUAGGGGUCAUUAAUCCAUCAUGAUCCCAAAUUAUUGUCUGAAACUACAAACUAAAGAUUAGCUAUGAGAUGAAUUUUGAUGUUGGGGUUUGAUGCGUUUUCACUCUUUUCCUGGCAUCUCUAAACUUUAAUACAUGAGAUAUUUCAAGAACCAUUGUCCUGUUUUUUCAUAUCAGUAAAACUAACAUUAAUAAAACUUUCAACUUAUCCAGAGCUACUUUUGUUGUAAUUUUGUCAUACAAGAUAUGAGUAGUUGGGAAAUAAAGGCAGAAUAUAUUGGGAAAUGGGGCCAUAAAAGACUUUGCUUCUAUGUGUUUUACAAAGUGAACUGUAUGUUUGCAGCUUUUGCAGGUGUGUAGAUUUUUGUUAACUGAGCACUGGUUGAACUGUGGUGCUGAUGCAUAUCAAGAUGAGAAAAAAAAAAAUCAGAUGCAGAUAGCAAAAUGAAAAACCGAUAAGCCUUCGUGAUUUGUAAUACAAUUUACAGCUGUAAUCUCCCUGCUACUGUUCUCUCUCUCCUGCAUCCUUUAAUCCAGGCCUGUAUUAUUCCCGCUGCUGCUGAUGUCACAGCUUUGCAGGACAUUACCUUUUGUUCAGACAGCAACACGUUGAACCCAGGUCAACAUGUACUCAAAACUAGGUGCUAUUCUGCACGGGAGUGCAGCUGCAGCUUAAUUUGCACAUGUCAAGAUUGAGUGUCUUGGGUAACAUACAACCUGUUUUGUUGCACGUGUGCCUCCUCUCGUGUGCUCAGAGGGGAGCCAGAGAUUCUGUGUGAUUCUGUUUUUGUGUGUUUUUUCUAACACAUUUGAACUCUUGUUGUGGAGCAUAUGCCCGCUACACUUUCAGAGCUCCUUCACUAACAUGACCAGAAUGAGAUUGGACAUGUGAUUGUCGGGUACAAAGGUGAUUAAGGUCAGUCAGAUCCAAAACCAAAUAAUCCUGUAAUAGAAUCUCUGCUCAGGCUGAUGAACAUGAAAAAGAAAAGGAUUCCUGGUAGCAAAGGACUCAUUGCUUCAGGAAAAUAAGCACUACAGUUUUUUCUGCUGCUUUUGUCCCUGUGACGGAGAGAGAGAAACGGGACAAAAGAUGAACCACAAGUGUUCUUAACUUCUCCUUUUUCUCUGUCUAUCUUCUGCUGUACCAACACAGGACAGAGAUCUACGACCUGAAGAGAUGGAAGGUACAGAGAUAUAAAAAAAAAGAUUAACCCAAAUCCUUCCUCCAGCCCUCAUUCCUUCAAUCCAUCCUCAGUCUUUUUCUUUCCUUUCAGACUUCAAACCUUGUUUGACUGUGAAAUAUUGUGCUUUACCAUAAAGAGCAGGAUUCAGAAGUCUUCUCCAACUUCAUCCUCUCACUGAACAUGAGCUACAAGAACUAAUACAAUUGGAUUCAUUUGUACUAAAACUGAGGAUCAAAAGAUUAUACCACACAAAAAUAGUUUGGUCAGGAGGUCUGACUCAGGAGAUCACAGGGUGUCACACUUUAAAUAAAUCAACACCAACUGGUGUGUAAACUGGUACAUUUUGGAAACGGUCGUCUGUCGAUACUUUUAAUUGGCAAAUUUUUCACAAUCAAGUGUUACGAACACAGUGAUUUCCAUCCUCUCGCAAUGUACAAAAAAAAACUGUCCCACAAUAAAUAAAUCCAAAACAGUGUAGCAUUCAUCCAAACAAAUCAAAAGUGGGCAGAUCAAGCUUUAAAGCUCCUGUGAGAAUUUAUUAAAUAUAAAUGAAAUACACAAACAAACAGAGACAAGAUUGAUGACUGUUACAUUGAAAUUCAUGGGGGGUAAGGUGAAGAAACAGACUCAUCUUAAAAGUCAGCAGGAUGAUGUUUCUUGUCAACAUUCAGUCCUUGAGAAUGAAGGACAAGAUAAGCAAAGACUGAUCUGUCCACAGGGGAUGCUAAUAUUCACACAAACCAAAAGUUCCUCACAGGAGGUUUACUAUAAGAAAAAUUAAAUAAAUAAUAAAUAAGAUUAACAUAUAACUCUCUAAGAAAGAGUAUUUAUUAUUAUUACUACAAUUAUUAGUGGUUGAAACUAAUCGGGUCAUAAGCUCACUCCUCUGCAAUGCAAAACCUGACAUUUGUUCAACAUUUUCAAAGUUUUUGUUUUAAUUCAGCUGAUCUUACUGCAUUGACAUCACCCAGGGAAUAUAAGCUCCAGUUGGUUUUCAAUAUUUUAACACAUGCUGCAUUCAGGUGCUUCAUUACACUGAGUCUGACAUGGGGAAUAACAGGUUACUUGUUGAUGUCCGACGGUCUGAUAUAUUUAAAGUCUGAGGCUUUUGGUUUUUAUUAAAUUGAUAUUAAGAUACAACAUGAAAUGUGAUUAUGUCACAUUGAGUUUUCUGGUUAAACAAUGACUGAAUUAAUCUGAGUUACAUGAAAAGUGUAAGGUCAUUUAUGCUUUCAAAAUGGAAACAGUAUUUACCUCAAUGCACAAUGCCUGAAAAAGCUGUUUUUCCUGUGCCUUAUGAGGGGGGGUACUGCCCCUUUAAGAGAAUGUAUGCUCAGGCUGAACAGCUGGUUAGUAGUUAAUGAUCUACAGAUUAUUGAUUGAUAUGACCUGUUUAAUAAAGCAGUCUGUGUUUUAAAUUAAGGCCACCCUGAGAUAUUUUUUUGUCUUUUUCUUACUUUGGCACCCCCUAGUGGUAGCAUUGAAAAGUAUCAGAAAUAUCAACUUUCAGGCACAUAUAUGAGCGUGAAAUAAGGCCACAAUAAUGAACAAAGUGAAAGCAACAAAAACAGCACCAAUUAACCCCAUUUUAAAACUUUUUUUUAGAGUAUAUUAACACCCAGUGGGAUUACACCAAAAAUAUUCAAACAUUCUGUGUUUUUACACAUCUCUUUUCUGCAGAGCUGCGUGAAGCAUUCAGGGAGUUUGAUAAAGACAAAGACGGCUUCAUCAGCUGUAAGGACUUGGGCGAGUGCAUGAGGACUAUGGGAUACAUGCCCACAGAGAUGGAGCUGAUUGAACUCAGCCAGCAGAUCUGUAAGAGUUGCAUGCAAACAUCAUCUGUCUUUGUGUCUGCCUCCCUCCUAAAGACACACACUGAGUCAAAACUAACUUGAAGAACAGCUCUGAAUUUCUCUGUUCUUCUUCUCUCCCUCUCCAGGCGGUGGCAGAGUGGAUUUUGAAGACUUUGUGGAACUGAUGGGUCCUAAGAUGCUUGCUGAAACUGCAGAUAUGAUUGGGGUCAAAGAGCUACGGGAUGCAUUCAAAGAGGUCUGUAACACCAUUUUACAGAAGUCUGAAAAGGUUAACCCUGCUCUAUAAAUUCACCCAUUCAACGUACUAUGUGUGCCACUACCUUUUUUGGCUCCUCAUAUGCUCUAAAUUUCACAGUUUGACUCUGAUGGUGAUGGUCAGAUCAGUCUCGGGGAGCUGAGGGAAGCUAUGAAGAAGCUGAUGGGGGAGCAGCUCAACCACCGAGAGAUCGACGAGAUCCUGCGUGACGUGGAUCUCAAUGGAGACGGACAGGUGGACUUUGAAGGUGGGUUGACUAAAGACAUCGCAGGCAGAAAGACCGAGGCAGGUACAAAUAAGUAAUUUUAUUUUCCUGAGACAAUAACAACAUCUCCUUUCCUAUCGUAGAGUUUGUGCGAAUGAUGUCACGCUGA